AUUUUGGUUUGGAAUGGUUUGGCAAUUGGCAUCUCUUUGUGUUUCUUUUUAUUUUCUCUCUCUAAAAGCUUUUGUGUGAAGAAUCAGCUCCCACAAUCACCAGACCCACCAAUUACAACUCAACACUGUUGACCUUUCAUUUUCACUCUCUUUAAUUCUCUCUGCAUUUCAUUCCUCCUUACAUAACACAACCUCUCACACUACUCAAAAACUCAACCCCCAAUUUUCCCCAUCCAUUCUCACUCCCAUCACUACCUACAACACCUAGGGUUUUCUCAUUCUCAUACACCUGAAUUUCCCUUGCAUUUUUCACUAUUUCUCCCUUUUAAAUCUCUUGGGUCUUCUUUUUUCCAUCUGGGUCUUCUUCUUUCCCAUUGAUUUUGCCUUCUUCGUGCUUUUCCUCUAAUGGGUCGACCUCUAUUCACUGUUUUUUGAUACAAAAUAAUACCCUCUGUAAUCCUCUUCAAAUCCCAGCUUUAACUAUGGCCAUGAAGGAUUAUUGAUUUACUGUAAUUGUGUUUUGUUGUUGUAUUGGAUCUGAAACUGAGCUUCUAGGGUUUUGUUUUGGUCCUCUCACGAAUCUUCCUAGGGCUCUGAAAAGUAAAAGAAGUCUUUUCAAGAUUCCCCAAAAUUUUCUUUUCUCUGUUCUAAGUGAAAAGGCUUCACUGAUUCCUCUCAGAUGCUCUUGUUUUUAAUGCGUUCAUGACCUAAAAAGCUCUGCAUUUCCUCUUUGGGAUUUUGAGAGUUUUUUUUUUUUACUAUGGAAUUUCUUUCUCCAGCUUCCUAUCUUCGAAAUUCUAACUGGCUAUUUCAAGAAACUAAAGGAACCCAAUGGACCCCCGAGGAAAACAAACGGUUUGAGAAUGCUUUGGCUUUGUACGAUGAAGAUACUUCCGAUCGAUGGUUUAAAGUUGCCGCCAUGAUUCCCGGCAAAACCAUCGGUGAUGUGAUUAAGCAGUAUCAAGAAUUGGAGGAAGAUGUUAGUGAUAUAGAGGCUGGUUUGAUUCCAAUUCGUGGAUAUGCUAAUCGUCAUUCGUUUACAUUGGAACGAGUUGAUAGCAGCCACGGAUUUGAUGGGUUGAGCCAUUUCUAUGGCUCUGGUGUUAAGAGAGGAACCUCUACUAGACCUUCCGAUCAUGAAAGGAAGAAAGGAAUUCCAUGGACAGAAGAGGAACACAGGCAAUUUCUGAUGGGUCUUAAAAAAUAUGGUAAAGGUGACUGGAGAAACAUUUCUCGCAAUUUCGUGACGACAAGAACACCAACACAAGUCGCUAGUCAUGCUCAAAAGUACUUCAUUAGACAGCUAAGUGGUGGAAAGGAUAAGAGAAGAUCGAGCAUCCACGACAUCACGACCGUCAAUCUCCCCGAUAUGAAAUCUCCAUUAGGAGAUAGUAACAGACCUCCAUCCCCAGAUCCUGCUGCAAUGGCUACACACCUCCAUCAGCUGUCAAAAAUGGUUGACAGCACCGACCAGCAAUUCGACUGGGAGUCUUUGAACCAAGUUCUUGAUUCGUCAAACGGUAACAUGUUUAUGGUUAUGCCUUCAAAUGGAACUCAGCAACAGGAACAGAACUUGCUGAAAGAAACCAUUAUUGAAUCUCCAAUUGCACCUUACUAUACUAUUUUUCAGAUGCAACCAAUGCACCAACAUUAUCACUGAACUUUUUCCUUUCAUUUCUUUUUCUUUUUUUUGGGAGAUUUUUGAUUGUUAGAACUUAGGAUAUGGUUAUUAAUUAAAAGAAUCGAUCUCAUUUAGCAAUCAUGGAUUGCUCUAUCAUAUGAUUAUUGUGUAUCAUGUUGCUCUGAUGUGAAUAUGUUGAUGAGGAGAACUAGACACUUAAAGCUAGUGCAUUGUUGUUAGGCUUUACUGAGAGAUUUGCUUUUGCAGAUCAUGAUUCAGGGUUAACUUUAUGAAUGAUCAUUUCUAGUGAUUUUGUUUUUCCAACA